AUGGUAUCUGCAGCAAAGCAUAACAUUGUUGAAGGUAAAUGUCCUACUAUUACAGAAACAGAUAUAGUAAAGAAAGAAAACAAAGUGACUAAACCAAGAAAGAAAAAAAAACUAUUAACUGAUGAUAUUAAAAGAGAAAAUCACAUAAAAUCGGAACAAAAAAGAAGAGAAAUGAUACGAGAAUGUUAUGAUAUUUUGGUGGGUUUGAUACCCGAUUUGUUAGAAGAAGAGAAAAGAUCAGAACUGGUUAUUUAUGAAAAGACAAUAGCCUAUAUAAAAUCAUUAUACCACGAAAACGAAAAACUACGAAAUGAGUUGAUAGAAUACUGUAGCAAUGGUUCUGGUUCUAAUGCUGGUAUAUCAAAUGAAUUAAUUUGGGAAAUUUCGGAUUUGAAAAAAACAAAAUAG